AAAAGAGGAAGCAGUGUGUGUAUAUAAACUGAUGCUGAGGUGGAUCUGAUCAUCUGAUCUGAUCAUCAGAGACUCGACAGACGACCUUCCCUCCAUCUGAGCGUGACCAUCAUGUCUCGUCCAACCAGCGGAACAAACACCUACAGGGGGCGCUACUCUGAGCCGGUUCCGACGUCCAACCUCACGACCGAGGAGGAUGAUUUUCCAGAAUUUGAACUUUUUGAUGAAGGUGCUGACUCAGAGGCCACGCCCAGAGCAUAUCCACCUGAUGGAGCGUCUCUGGUGGUGCAGAACGUCGACAUGUGUCAGCAGAUCAACAAACCGAACCACUUCACCUCCGCCUACGACAUCCAGAACCUGGUGGUCCGACGUGGUCUGGAGUUCCUCGUGAGGGUCACGUUCAGCCGCCCGCUGACCCCGGGAGACGACUUCCAGCUGGAGUUCCUGAUUGGCGCCAACCCUUCUCCCAGUAAGGGCUCCCUGGUGGUGGUGACGUUCGGGUCCCGUGGUGGCGGCUCCUGGUCGGGUCAGAUCCUGGAGACUCAGGGAGAAUCUCUGGUGCUGGGCAUCACCCCGACGGCGGACGCCAUCGUGGGGAAGUUUCGUACUUACGUGGCCAUUGUGACGGACAGCGGCCUCCAGAGGACCAAGAGGGACGCCAGUACCGACAUGUACCUGCUCUUCAACGCCUGGUGUCCAGAAGACGCCGUGUUUCUCCCUAAUGACGCAGAGCGGAGGGAGUACGUCCUGAACGACAGUGGCGUGAUCUAUCAGGGCUCAGUCGGAGCUGUGUCACAACGCAGCUGGAUGUAUGGACAGUUUGAGCGUGGCAUUCUGGACGCCUGUAUUUACAUCCUGGACGCGUCUCAGAUGCCGAUUUACAACCGAGGCAACGCCAUCAAAGUGGUCAGGAAGGGAUCUGCCAUGAUUAACUCUCAGGACGAUAACGGUGUGUUGGUGGGGAACUGGAGCGACGACUACUCCAUGGGCAAAGCCCCGACAUCUUGGACAGGCAGCGUCAAGAUCCUGCUGCAGUACGUCAACACCGGAGUCCCUGUCUGCUUCGGCCAGUGUUGGGUGUUCGCUGGAGUCUUUAACACCUUCCUACGUUGCCUCGGCAUCCCCGCGAGGGUCAUCACCAACUUCUCCUCAGCUCACGACAACACGGGCAACCUGAAGACCGACCUCAUCUUCAAGCCUGAUGGGACACCAGACAGACGGCACACCAGGGACUCCAUCUGGAACUACCACUGCUGGAACGAGGUGUUCAUGGUGCGUCCUGACCUGCCGCCGGGCCUCGGAGGAUGGCAGGUGGUGGACUCCACGCCCCAGGAGACCAGUGACGGACAUUUUCGCUGUGGUCCAGCCUCAGUCACUGCCAUUAAGGAAGGUCUGCUGUGCCACCCGUUCGACUCUGGAUUCGUCUUUGCUGAGGUGAACAGUGAUGUGAUCUUCCUGAAGCGGGAUCGUUACGGGACUCUGACUCCAUUCAGGGUGGACAAGACUCAUGUUGGACAGGCUGUUUACACCAAAGCUGUAGGUGGCACUUCACCUUUGGACAUCACACACAACUACAAGUAUCCUGAAGGUAGUGCAGAGGACAGCAGGACUGCGUCUCGGGCGGAGGAAUACGGCUGUGAGAGGGAUCACUCUGAGCUGUCUGACGCCCAACUGUCUGUCACCAUCAGUGCUGGCCAGUGCUUGCUGGGUCAGGACUUGAACCUGAUAGUGGAUUUCCAGAACCAGGGUGAACUCACCAGAACCGUCCAUGCUCACCUGGCCGGGUCGGUCAUCUUCUACACCGGAAUCACAGCCAAUCACUUCAAAGACCAGGACUUCAGUGUCACUGUGCCGGCCUACCAGAUGGAGCGUGUGGUGUUGAAGACGACAGCUCAGGAGUACAUGUCUCACCUGGGCUCUCAGCUCUGCCUCCACUUUGUUGUGACUGGACAGGCUGACGACCAAUCAGUGAGCGCCAUCAAGGUGAUCGACCUGCAGACCCCAAGUCUCACCUUGACGGUGAGCGGCCAGCCUCAGGUGCAGCAGGAGAUGUUUGUGACCGUUUCCUUCACCAACCCCUUCAGCUUCCCUCUGCAGAACGCCUACCUGGCCAUGGAGGGAGCUGGACUCAUGAACGUCAGGACACGUUACUACAGUGCCAUUGAUCCUCAGGCUUCGAUCUCCUGGAUGGAGUCGUUCGUCCCUCGGCUGGACGGACCCCGGCGCCUCGUAGCCGUGAUGGACUGCAACAACCUGCGUCAGGUGUCUGGAGUUGCUGAUGUCACCAUCUCAGCCUGAGAUGACUGGGUCAUAGAAUUGUGACCACGCCCCUCAUCAUUUCCACCAAUCACAGAAGCCUAGGUUGAGUGGGCAGAGCCAAUGAACAGCACAAGUUCCUUUUUUUAAUGAUUUCUCUUCUGCAGUCGUAAUCAGCGUACAUUAAACCAGAGAGACCAAACUACUAAUCUAUAAAUCUGUCAGGUUAAUAGAUAAGCUUUACCUCAGGAGCCCCCAUUUAGCCUUGAUAAGCAGUAUAUAGAAUUUAAGAAACAGCAAAUGAUAAAUAAUAGACAUAUGACAAGUUAUAGUAUAUUAAUAAAGACUGUUCACAGCUACAUUAUAGUGUGGUGUAAACAUGUAAACAUGUUAAAUUAACUCCCAGCCAACACCAUCAUUGAUUUGUUGUGUUUUUUUAAUCAGUUUAAAUCUGUUUUCAAUUAAAAAAAACAAUUUAACUGUUCUAAUUUUUAAAUGAGAAAGUUAAUGAAAUGCAGAAUUUGCAGAGCAGACUUUUGUGUGUUCAGACAGUAAAUGUCACAUUUAAACCCCAGCUGAGUGUGACAGUGGCUCUCCUCCAUCAGAUCUCAGUCUGACAGAAUGAGCUGAUAUGAAACAUUAAUCAAUCAUAACACCUUUCAAUCAAUAAAAGCUGGCAACAGUCAGGCAGAGCUGACAGUG